AUGAAGUUGCUUCUUUUGUUCAGCAUAUUCAUUGCGUCGGCAUUGAGUCACACCGUGCUCUUACAGCCGUAUGGAAAGCAAUGCUUUUUCGAAAACUUGAAAAAAAACGACGAGUUGAUUGUUACUUUCCAAGUGGGCUCACGUAACCCGCACAACUCGGAGCAAUACGACAUUGACUUCUACGUUACGUCGCCCCAAGGCCAAACGGUGCUUAAGAAGACCAGUCUCGACCACGGAGACGAGCACGUUCGCGCAACAUCAAGCGGGAAAUACAAGUACUGUUUCUCCAACGAACGUUCCGGCCGCGUCGACUUGGACGUGAGUUUCAACAUUCACGGCGUGGUGUACGUCGACGUGAAUGAUCCAAAGGCAGACACCUUGGAUUACGCCAUCCAGAGAUUGAGCCAAUUGGCCGAUGAAGUCAAGGCUGAACAGGGGUACUUGGUGAUUAGGGAACGUACCCAUAGAAACACGGCCGAGUCGACCAACUCGAGAGUCAAAUGGUGGUCUGUUUUCCAGAUUUUCGUUGUUGCUGCCAACUCCAUCUUCCAGAUUUACUACUUGAAGAGGUUUUUCGAAGUUAAAUCUGUGGUGUGA